GCCAUGGGCAGCGGCGGCCCCGGCCCGCACGGACGGCACCGGCAGCAGUAAAAAUAUGGAACAACUCCUCUGAAGCAGGUGGAGUCACGCUGGCGUAAAACGGGGCGAGCAGCAUCACAGGCCGAGCAACCGGGGAUGUCCCGCUGCGGAUGCGCUGAUGUCUGCCCCCUGCAAAGACCCCUUCUACCUGCGGCUGGCAGAUGCACGGGUGUUAGCGUGAAGCCCCAGUAAGAGAAUGAGUGAAAGAGACAUACAAAGCUUGAGCAAAUGGGUUUUAGUGCUCACUCUCUGCCUUACCACGCUAUGGGGAAGACUGACACUGGCCUCCACCCACCACAGAAGCCAUUCAGUGCACGUCGAGCCCGGCACCUGCGAGGUCAUCGCGGCUCACAGGUGCUGCAAUAAGAACAAGAUCGAGGAACGCUCCCAGACAGUGAAGUGCUCCUGCUUCCCAGGGCAGGUGGCGGGGACGACACGGGCGGCCCCAUCCUGCGUGGACGCCUCCAUCGUGCUGCAGAAGUGGUGGUGUCAGAUGGAGCCCUGCCUUGACGGGGAGGAGUGCAAGGUCCUGCCCGACCUCUCAGGCUGGAGCUGCAGCAGCGGCAACAAAGUGAAGACAACCAAGGUCACCCGAUAGCACCCCUGCGGGGGUCCCCGCUGCAUCGCCCGUGCUGUGCCCGUGCUGUCCCGGAGCCAGGUGCGGCGUGCUGUGGUGCUCCCGUCCUGCAUCCCACGCCGCUGUCGGACCAUGCCAGGUACGGGUUCGGAGCAACUGCUGCCACCCAGCUUCCCAUCAGGCUGCAAGAAUGGGGCCUGAAGGCAGCUGCAAGACUGCUGCUGCUCCACGGUCCCCUUCUCCCCCAUGGACGUGCUCACCGACCAAGGAACGGGCUCAUUCUCCCAUCCUCUUAAAUAAAAUGCUCCAUAAGAGCUGUUGAUGGUUACAGAGACAAACAAUGGUCCCCCAAACCAGGCUUUAAUCUCAGCUAAAAUAGCAAAAAUCAUUGCUGCAGGAGUCACCGUUACCCCAUCUCCAGGAUCCUGAAUCAGGGUCAGCACCAGGAGUUCAGAAGCAGGUGGCGGCGCGGAGUCGUCCCAGCGCGGCGCUGGGAGUGCGGUGCUGGCCCUGCAGCGGCUGCAGCCCUGGCGUGGCGGCGUGGCUGGUGCCGUCCGACACCUCCGGCACUGGAGAUGGUAAAAAUGUUUCCGUGGAGCAUGCUGCUGGUUUUUCCUUCCUCUGUAAUUGCAUUAAUCAGGCUGCAAGUUUAAUAUCUGUUCCCCCAGUGCACGUCCCAGGCACCAAAUUACUGCUCAUGUCCGCAAUCAAUCCCAGAACAAAGGGAGGGGGAACCCCUCUCCCAUCUGCGGGGCCUGCCGCGCCAGCCACAGCGCAGAGAGCUGUCCAGAGACCAGCCCGAGCCAGGCGUCAUUGCGCUGAUCCAGCACAAUGACAUGUACACCCUGCCCUGGCCGUGAGCUCGAGGCCUCCAGGACAUGCUGUGUCCCCAGCCCUGCAGCUGGGGGGCACCGGGGGCCCCGUGGUGCUGCUGCCGGGCUCGCCAUGGGGGCGUUUCUGUAACGGGGCACGCAAUACCUGCUGCAGACGCGAUGUAAAUACCAGACUGUGGAAAUAUUAAAUUCAUUUUAAUCUCUGCAAAAGAUCUUUUCAUUCCAAGGCAGAGGGGGCUGCAGGAGCACUAUUCUCACCGCCCACAAGAAAGGCGGGGGGGUCAGGGGGCUCUGUCCUCGCCUCGCCAUUCUCCCUGGUGCCGGCUCUGAGCCCAGCCGGUGCUGCCUGGGGUCUGCACAGCGCUGUUUCGAGCCGCGGCCCCUUCUGCUCAGCACGGGUGGCAUUGCUGGGGGCAUCCUGAUCCUUGUGGGGAUGCGGGGCCCUGCUCUUGUCCCCUGGCUGCCUCAUACCCAUCCUGCAGCGGGGUCCAUGCAGAGCC